AUGAAUGUACAAGUACUCCGUGGACAACAGAAGACUAUAGUAAGAGUGGACAAAGAAGGAAGAGAGAGGAAGAAGUUGGAAAGUUGCCGUUUUGAGCCACCCGCCGCCGCCGCACGUCACAUGUCGCCGCAGUCUCCUUCACCAGAGCAGGACAACAACAUCCAGUUCACCACUUGUACUCUGUGCUCUCUGUACUUCAUUCCUCUUCAGUCUCCUCCCUCUCUCUUCGCUGCUCUCCUAUCUCUCCUGUUGUCUCUUAUUGAAUCUCCCUUGCGCCUCCGCCAUAUUCUCUCCCUCCGACUCCGUGAUCUGCUCCCAGCUUGA